UAUAUGCAAAACCCUGUAGUUAAAAAUAUAGAUUCUAGCUCAAAAGGCAAAAGCGAAAGUAAGAACAAGGCUUCUGAAUAAUAACUGAUCUAGAAUCUAGAUCUAACAAUAUGUCAAUUUACUCAAGGGAAAAAGGUUACGAUUUGUUUGAGGACGAUGAAGACGAGAGCUUGUCCGAAGAUUACGAAAGCAGUUCAGAGGAUGAGAUUAACAUAAUUCUUCAUGGUACCCCUGAACAGCGUAGAAAGCUCCAGCAUAAUCAGAGAAUACAGAAGCAACAUGUCACAGGAAAGAAACCCAUUGCAAAAUCUUCAAGUGAGGAUGAGUUUGAGAAAGAAAUGACUGCCGAGUUGAAUCAACAAGUUAAAUUUCUUGAAGAAUCCAGAGGUAAAAAUGCUGUUGCUGGAAGCUCUUUACAACUUGCUGAACAAACACCAACCACAACAGCUGAUGUAAAUAUACCCACAAAUGUAAACAUAUCUGUUGAUGGGAAUGUAACAAAAAAUGUCAGACAGAAAGAAGAAUAUUAUGAUGAGGUUUAUUUUGAUUCAGAAGAUGAAGAUGAAGAAAGUUCUGGAAUUAAAAUUUCUAAUAAAGGGAAACAUGCUGUGAUUUCCAAUGAUGAUCUGCUCUAUGACCCAGACAUGGAUGAUCAAGAUCAGAAAUGGGUUGACCGUCAGCGAAGUAUGAGACACAAUGGAAGUAGUAGAUCAAAUUCUGGCAAGGCCCCAUCAAGUGAUGCUCUGCUUGACUGUCCUGCUUGUAUGACCACAUUAUGUUUAGAUUGUCAAAGACAUGAAAGCUACAAAAAUCAAUACAGAGCAAUGUUUGUCAUGAAUUGCACAGUAGAUCAAUCAGAAACACUUGAAUAUCCAGAGCAAGCCCCCAAAAAGAAGAAGAAAAAGCCACAAGAAACAGCUCCCCAAGCCCUGUCAUCUAAAGAUUUGUUUAAUCCUGUGCGAUGUAUUGAAUGUAAAACAGUGGUUGGAGUUAUUGAUAAAGAUGAAGUUUAUCAUUUUUUCAAUGUUUUGGCGAGCCAUACUUGAAAUAGUCCUUAAGCUCUGAGCCACCCAUAUAUUAUCAUUAGAUAGAUAUUUUUAUUUUAAAAAUUUAACCAGUACUUAUUUUAGAAUUAUUUUACUCCUUGAGUAAAUUAUUAUAAUUUUUGUAUCAUUUAAUAUUAAAACAUUGUAUUAUUUACUUUUUACUGUAAUGAAAACAAAUUGCUAAAUCACCCCUUUUACAUAAAUAUUAAAAUUUUGAAGCAUUUUAAUAUUAACAGUUAGAGAAAUUCAUUUUUUGAAUUAGUCAUGUUUUUGUUUAGUAAUUAUAAGUGAGUUGUUUCUUAAAAUGUAAUCUGAAUUUAACAACCUGAUUUUUGUUUUACAUUUUAAGUUUUUAAAUUAAUAUUUAAUAAAGAUUAUUGCUCUUUUAUGUUUUAAUUUAAAUCUUAGCUUCUUUAAUAAUUGAUUAAUGGACAGUCUUUAUAAGCAUGAACUUUAUCUGAAAAGAUGGUAGCAGUUUUAUAAGUACUAUAUGAGUGGCUCAUGUUUGAUUUUGAAUGGUAUUUGUAUAUUAUGAGGAAGAUUGUAUAAGAAUUGAAUUAUUUUUCAUGAUGACUGACUAUUUUGCUUAUUUUAAAGCAUUAAAGAGUCAUACCUUGUCUCUUCUGAAAUGUUUUUAAAAUGUGUAAAUAAAUUAUUGAC